AUGAAAGGUCGCAGGAGGAGACCCUCAUCCACCCCAGCUCCGAUCCAACGCAAAUCGGGAGCUAUAUCCCGCUUCUUUGCCUCCUCAAGCCAGACAGACGCUCACCAGGAGAGUGCCGAUUCCUCCAAGAUGGCGUCGAGACAGCGCAGAGCGGCGUCCCCUGCGCGCCAUGAGGGAUCGGACCCACAGGCCUCGGCUUCACCACAGCCAGCAAGAGGGACGGCCUCCGCAGCAGCUCGGGGCCACUCUCCCAGAAACCGCUACUCUCAGGCCGCGAUGUCCGGGUCGGGAGGCUCCCCAGCCCCACUGGGUGACGAUGAGGACUGGGACUGGAAAGUUCACCUCAAAUCCCUCCCCACCAGGCAUGAAAUAGAUGCCUUAUUCACAAGGCUGGAAACUUCUCAUAAACGGGACAUUGAGGCCUUGCAGCAUGAUCUUAAACAGUAUCAGCUGAACUGCAGCUCAGCAGUGAGGGGGUUAAUGCAGCCACUGAGCAUGACCACUGCUCGGAGACCAGAGAACAAGGGGCGUGAUGUCUUCAGCCUGCAUCACGUGACAGUGGGAAAGAUCACAUGGGCAGGAAGUGGUGGUGGGGGCAGCACUGCUGCUGAGGUUGGAAGCAUUUCCAGGAAAACACUAAAAAUGCCAAAAUGCAUUGUUGAUUAUUGCCAUAAUUAUGCAGGCAUGAGGAACAAUUAUGCCAAUGUAAUUCUACAUGGUUUUCCCACCACUCUUGACAGAAUAAAAAGCUGGCUGAGAUCUUUAGAGCGGGGUGGUCAAAUUUUCAAGAACCUUGAAGAGAUGGCUACAAAGAUACAUGAAGGCAAAAAGCAUGACUCAUAUCGUGUUUGCUCUGAGCACUUUUCCAAGCAAUGUUAUAUUGUGAACGGUGAGAAGAAGGUGUUAAAUAAAGAUGCAGUUCCAACAAUCUUCAUGCCAUCUGUGAUGGAACCACGCUGUAACUAUAGGCAAGAGCCCCUGAGCAAACAGGUUAAAGAAUUUAUUAAGAAGAAAGAUAUUGAAGAACCUGAACAGAAUGCACAAAAAGCAAAACAAUUCUGCAGAGACAACUCAAAAUCAGUCAAACAGGAGGAAGAGUUAAUUGAAAUAGUGCUAAAUCUCACACUUGAGAUCACGUACAUGCUGACUGGACAGGAUUAUUACCUUGUGAAGAGGGACUCAUUACACAGCCCCAUCAGAGAACAUCCAGCUUACUCACUGAUCCAGGAUAGAAACAGUGAGGAGAAGAUCCUAAAACUAGCCAACAAGGUCAUUGAGAUGCUGACUGGAGAGGUUCCUGUAAGGUGUCAGGAUGUCACUGUCUAUUUCUCCAUGGAGGAGUGGGAGUAUUUAGAAGAACACAAGGAUCUGUACAAAAAUGUCAUGACCCUCACAUCACCAGUUCUUCCAUGUGAUCAGAUUAAAUCCCUCCAACACAUUUCUUAUUCAAACUAUGCAAACCGAUAUACAAGUUCUAAUAGUGACCAGCAAAAAUCUACUUACCUUAAAAAGACCAACAAAUUUAAAGAAUCGGUGAAAAAUAAGUUAAAGGCACCAAAGUCCUGUGAUGAGAAAGAUCUGUCAGAAACGAAUUCUACAUAUUCAUAUCUGUCUACAUUAAUUAAAGAGGAACCGGUCUCACAUGAUGGAGAAAACAUCACAAACACCUGUGUAUAUACGCACACAAAUCAUAAAGAACAAUGUCCAUCUACUCAGGAUAUGGAGGAACGUGUUCCAUCUGAAAAAAAUGUUCUACCAGAUGCCAAGUAUACACCUCCAGAAGGUACGCAAAACUGUCCAUCUAUUCGUGUUAUGGAAAUUUCCUGCUGUGAUGAAGAAAAUCUCACCUACCCUGGCACUUAUAGACCUACUGAUCAUACAUCACGCAAUCUACCUCCUCAUAUAAAAGUGGAAUAUGAUCCAUGUGAAGAAGAAAGGACUACAGCUAACACAUUUUAUAUACCUGAAGAUCAUACACAAUUCCCAUCUGUUCAUAUUAAGGAGGAGCCAGUUUCGUACGAGGAAGGAGAUCUUACAGACUCCAACAUUUAUAUGCCCACAAAUCAUGUAACACAACAUCCAUGUCCUUAUAUUAAGGAGGAACCCGUCACAUAUCAUGGAGGAGAUAAAACAGCCACAGGCGUUUCUUGGCUGGCAGAUCAUACACAAUACUUUACUUAUAUUGAGGAAGAACCAGUCUCCUUGGAAGAAAACAAUGUCUUGGGCCAAACUCUGUCCUUUAAUUGCAUGGAGUGCUCAGAGGGUUUUACCUCCAAGUCAGAUCUUAUGUAUCAUCAAACUGUUCACAGAAUAGAGAAACUGAGGUGUCCUGAAUGUGGAAAAUACUUCUCCAAUAAGUCCAAUCUUUCUAAUCACAUCAGAAGUCACACAGGAGAAAAACCCUACUCAUGUCCUGCUUGUGGGAAACGUUUUACUAGGAAGAGCACGCUGAUUAUACAUCAAAGGAUCCACACGGGAGAGAAGCCCUUUGUCUGCUUAGAGUGUGGGCGAUGCUUUCCUGGCAGGGGUAAUCUUGUGAAACAUCAAAAGGUGCAUAAAGCAAAAAAGCCAGUGACUGUUAAAACCUUCCUCCCAAUGCCAAUGACUUUCAUAGUAGACUCAAAUGUGGCCCCAAUUCAGAUGCUUCAAUGAUGAAUCUAGUAUGAUGUUGUUUGGAGAACUCUAUG